AUGAAUAACACAGAGUGUGGCUCAGACACCUGUGGUUUUGCGCCAUGGGACGACCCACGUGACAUCAUGUCUUACAAGGACUACCUGACGACUUUGUUUAUUGUACAAAAUUUCCUUCAUCCUGUUGUUGUUGUUGUGGGCGUGCCGUCCAACAUCAUCAGCUGUGUGGUGUUCUGGCGCCAGGGACUUGGCGACCGCAUGAACGUGUGUCUGUUGACGCUGUCGCUGGUGGACCUGUGUCUGCUGCUGGUGUCACUGGUGUACAGUGUCGGUUAUUAUCUGGGGCAACUCGACCCUGUCAGGUAUGGAGGUCUUUAUGACAUAAUCUUAGCUUUUGCGGCUGGAGUAUAUUUGGGAUUUCGAAGCGCUUCCGGGUGCAUCACCAUGGUGAUAGCUGUAGAGCGGUGCACGUGUGUUGUCCUCCCGUUGAAGGCGGCGUCUUUGAUCAGUAGUCGCAGCAUGGCGGUGAUUAUGGUUUGUAUAAUUUGUCUCAACCAGGUGGCGUUUUUCACUUCUCCUGCGAAAUUGAUAGUCGUCAAAGUAAACAACAGCUCUUCAAAGCUGGCGGUGGCCAAGUCUGCUUUCUACAUCAACAAUGGAAAGUUAAUCGAGAUAUUAGAAAACAUAAUCAUGAUGAGUGUGGUGCCACUAACAACGUUUCUAGUCACGUGUCUGUCUACCGGCCUGACCGUGGUCAAGCUGAGAGCCGCCAUGACGUGGCGAGGUCAGGUAACCUCUGGCAGUGAGAGAGGUCAAGGGGUGGUGACUCUUUUCUACUAA